UUUACUACCAGUGAUACUUGCUACUUCAACAUUUUCAUCUCAGGAGACGCAGAAUGAAAAGGAACUUGAUUGGCUGCGAACAUAUGGUUAUAUUACGGGUUGUUAUUGGAACCUGCAACUACAGAACAAGAAUAAAACAAUUGCUGAAGUUGUUGAAGAGGCUGCUCAUGGAAUUAUUAAAGAAGGAUCAGCAAUUGGUAAAGUACAUGAAGCACAAUGGCUCUCUCAGCAAUUAGUAGCUGUCAAAGGUUUUGGUUCCAACAUCAACGCAAACUUUAUUCAGCGCUUUCCUUCGGAAAUCGGUGAAACAUGCGCCUAUCUCUAUACAAAAGAGUCAUUUUGGUAUAAAUUAAUUAAUCGCAUUCUUCGUGAUCCACAUUCUAUCACUCUUGAACAAGUGAAAAGCUUAGGACCAUUCUGUUGGCUACUUGAUUGGUAUUUGUAUGAUAAUCCUACAACAGAUGUUCUAACAGUAUAUCGUAGUUUAAAUCUAGACGAUGAACAGCAAAAGCAAUUCAUGGAAGAAGUAAUGAAAUUCACAUCGUUCAUUUCUACAAGUCGUAGCCGCGAAGUUGCUGACUUUUACAAUGGCAAUACACUUCUCAUUAUUGAUCUAAAUCUGCGUCAUAAGGACAAUAAACGUACUCUUUCUGGUGACAAUAUUGGUGAUAAUAAUAAUGAAAAUCAAUUACCAUCUUUACCACCAUCAAUUCCACAAAAUAUCAACAAUGCAGAAACACAUGAACAUUUCUAA